CAGGCUCUGCUUACCUGAAAAGAGAGCCGCUAGGCUCGCUGAGGGCAGCCCCCACCCGCCCAGGCGCAGCCUCGGCUCCGCAGAGACCAGCCUCUGUGCCAGCCCCGCCACACGCCGGCCAGCAGAGGAAGGGCCAGAUGCUCCCUCCCCACACGUGCCCCCUCCAUCCCCUUCCGACUGCCACGCUCUGUUCAGGGACCCAACGUGGAGGGAGAACGCUAAGAGGAGGGAAAUAGGCCCCAACGCUUCUCCGACAAAGGCUUCACUUCCCAAAUUCAGGGAGGGGGCAGAGCCAAGAUGGCGGCUUUGUGGCGCUCCAAGAAGCCUCUCAAGUCUAGAGGGAGCCAAGCCUGUUCCCCAAUUGAUAAAUGGUCGAUGGACAGGAAUAUUUUCAUUCAAAGAAAUCAACGUUAUCUACAGUCACACCAAAAAUGCUCUCAAACGUUGACGCCUGAUGAGAGGAAUGCAAACUAAGCCAAUGGAGGAACCACCAUCGCGACCUGUCAUAUGGUCUACUGGGGCAGAAAAGGGAGACGGGAAAUCGGGGCACUGAUGCACUGUUGGUGGAGUUGUGAUCUGGUCCGAGCAUAUGAGUCACCCGGCCAGACCAGGCCCAGGUCUGUCUCCCAAAGUCUUUAAAAAAGGAAAAGACCCAUCUGCACAAAAAUGUUGCUAGCGGCUCUUCUUGCGGAGGCAAAGAAUUGGGACCCGAGGGGAUGCCCAUGCACUGGGGAAUGCUGGGGGUGGAAUCCGACGGCACCAUGAGAAAGGACAGAGCGAAGGAAGCAGGACCAGGAGCUCGGGGCACACGGCAACGGCUCUGCCGUACGGUCCAUCGGGAAAGACUCGGCACUGACCAGGCCGUCCUCCGGGCCGGCGCCAAGGCCUCGGGAUGCUGUCCGCCUCCAGAGACACAACCCGGGAGCGUCAAGGCAGACCCAAGCAGACCUUUUUGGCGUGUGCAUCCUUUGCCCCAUGGCUGAUAGGGAAAUGGAUUCUGCGGCUGCCCCCGUCCUCAUCCAUGUGUGUGUGUUGGAGCUCGGAAUGUUUUAAAAGAGAUGUACGAAAGGGUGCCAUUACGAAACGUUCCGGGCCCUGGAGCUGCCUGUCCUCUGCCCCGUGGCGGGCCCCUGAGGUUCCACCAGAGGAGAGAAAUGAGCUUCGCCUCAGGCCGCCCGCUGGAAGGAGCCGGUGGGGUCAGGCCCAGGGAGGGAGGAGAGCUCGGCCGGCACCGCACCAGCCUUCAAGGCUGCUCCUGCUCCUCUCCCAAAGAAAGAUCCUGGAACGGAAUUUGCAUGCGGGCCAAAGGUUCUUCAGAGCCGCGCCGCCCCGCCCCGGGCAGGCAACCCUGGCAGGUCCUCCUGGCAGCUGGAAGCGGCCUUGGCCCGCCCGAUUCUGCUCUCAGGGACGCAGGUGGGAGUUUCGGCCUGGCUCUGUGGGCUGUCGGUUCCCUCCCCGUUCUCUCCCUCUGCCUCCCCCAGGCAGUAAGCAGUGAGUUCACCGGACCUUUUACUGGGGCAGAAGUCACCCAGGUUAUAGGGGACGCAUGCAGAACGCCCACCACCAUCACGUGGUCUCCCCCACCCCAUCCCCCACCCCUGGGUUCCACCAGGCCUUCUCUGGCUGCGGAGAGCUGGGGGCCUGCUUUGCUGACGGUGGUGAGGCCUUUGCAGCUCCUCCCCAGUGGUCUCCGGGUUCUGCCCCCCUUACGGCUCCUCUCCGGGUUCUGCCCCCCUUACGGCUCCUCUCCGGGUUCUGCCCCCCCUCGCGGCUCCUCUCCGGGUUCUGCCCCCCUCGCGGCUCCUCUCCGGGUUCUGCCCCCCUCGCGGCUCCUCUCCGGGUUCUGCCCCCCAGAAGCUCCUCUCCGGGUUCUGCCCCCCUCGCGGCUCCUCUCCGGGUUCUGCUCCCCUGGAAGCUCCUCUCCGGGUUCUGCCCCCCUCGUGGCUCCUCUCCGGGUUCUGCUCCCCUGGAAGCUCCUCUCCGGGUUCUGCCCCCCUCGUGGCUCCUCUCUGGGUUCUGCUCCCCUGGAAGCUUCUCUCCGGGUUCUGCCCCCCUCGCGGCUCCUCUCCGGGUUCUGCCCCCCCUUGCGGCUCCUCCCCGGGUUCUGCCCCCCUCGCUUCCAGGACACCCCAAAGGCCCGGCUGGCUCAGCCCCGGCUUGGCGCAGCUUUCCAGCGUCCAGCUCCACAGGCGGCGCCCCAUCCCCGCCUCCCGGCCACACUUUUCUUUUCCUCCUUUGGCCAUCCGGUUAGCUGAGUCGUGACUCCACACGUCCUCACCACGGCACGCCCUGCGGGGCAGCGGAGGGCCAGAGGCCUCUGCUCGAGCCCUUCCCGGCCGCCGUCCCUGUUCCCGGCUAUCAGGAGGGCAGACUCGGGGCAGGAGCCUCGUGGGGGCCCAGCGAGGCAGGAAUGGAAAAGGGACCCGAAGGAGGCGGAGGGCCCGGGCCUUCCCCGCAUCUCGCGCCGCGGCCAGCUGGCUCCUCAGGGGAAAGCCAGUAAGAGCAGAAGCCGCCCCCUCUUAAAUCUCUAGAAAACGACUUCCUCUAAGGCCCGCGGCAGCGCCAUGAAGGGGUGGAGCUUCCGCAGGCCAGGAGUAAGACGAGGCCUGGGAGCAGCGACCCCAGAAGAAAGAGGGGGGAGCCUAAGCGAGGCAAAGGGAAAACCAGGGCCCGCGGCCUACUGACAGAAGCCCCAGGAGUCGGCUGAAAAGCCAUUAAAGCAACGGAUGAUUUGCACCCAACCGCAGGCCAGAAGCCCGAUCACUCUGCAGGGCCUCCAAGGACCCGUGUGCGGCUGCCAACCCCCUCUCUCCCCCUCCCCAGGAAGCCUUGCCCCGAGCCCUCUCCC